AUGGAGAUCAAAAGGAUGUUUUUCUGGUCUCAGAUGAUUUUACAGUCUGGUAUCUCUGGCAGAGAACAUGAUGAAUCCCAUAAUUCCUCUGCUCAGGCACUGGAUAUGAUUUAUAAGUGGCACCCUCCUUCAGCUGCAGUUUUAAAACUAAACACUGAUGGGGCUGUUUUUGCAGACUUAGCUUCUUCAGGUAUCAGGGUGAUUUUAAGAGAUUACCAAGGAAAAGUACUACUGUUAGCAAGUGGUAGAGAGAAUUUUGUGCAGGACCCUAUUGAAAUCGAGUUACUUGCCAUUUUGAGGGGUCUGCAGCUAUGUAUUCCAAUGGAUAUACCAGAGUUAAUUGUGGAAUCUGAUUCUCUACUAAGUGUUCAAGCAAUACAAAGUAUGGAGGAUCCUAUGUCAAUGCAGGGCAAUCUGAUUUAUGCUAUUAAGGAUCUAAUGAAAUCCCUUCCUAAGGUCUCAGUGCAACAUGCUAACCGAUUAUCAAAUAAAGCUGCAGAUGGCUUGGGCAAGUAUGCACGGUUCCAAGAUUCUUUAGCAGUUUGGGGGGAACAAAUACCUAAUCCUAUUGCUCUAAUUGUUGAGGCUGAAAUGAUGUAG